CCAAGGCAUUGUUCUUGAAAGUUGAAAUCUCUUGCCUUUGGGUGCUACAGAAACCAAAACCAAAACCAUCGAGAAUGGACGACUCCGAGCCUAGAAGCUCCAAUCAAGUUGCAGUUUUGCGUUGAUACGACGGUUCAAUUACAAGCUUCUUGAGUUACUCUAGAGUUCCAGAAUACCCAAGGAGAGAAUGGCUCUGAGGAGAGCAGAUGCCCAUUCCUUACUUAUCAAUGACAGAGGACGUAAGAGCAAGAAAAGUGUCGCCAAUGGGGGCUUGGUUCAGCGAAAAAGCAUUGAGCCCGUUGACUACUGGGCUUUUCUGGAAGAAAUUGAAGCACCGAUGUGGGUUGAUCUCACACUAGAAGCCAAGUACAUGAAUCAAGACAAUGAUGAUGCAUGGUUUCAAAUGGCUCAUCCGUUCCACCGGUGUUCAUCUCACAAAUUGAUUUCAGCAUUUUCUCUUUCCACCGGAGGGAACUUAAACUCAAAUUUUGAGUGCAUCAAGCCAUCAUCCCCCAAGCUUCCACCUUCAGUGUCAAGAUCAAGAGGGAAACAUUACAAGAGCAGGAAAUGGGGAGAGGGCAGUGGAGCUGUUUCUAUAAAUAAGCAGCACCCUAUCAGAAUUUUGGGUGGUAAAAUUUCUCAUACAGGAUCAUUUCAAGAAACAAAACCCCUAUCCAGCUUUACAAAUCCAAAAUGCACUGCAUAUACAAGAUCAAGUUUCAUUUCUCAGAGAAGUUCAAGAGAUUCUGUCAGAUACAAUUCCCUAAAAGAUAAAUCUACAUAUGGUGAUACAAAAAAUUUGUGUUUGAAGGCAAGUGUUGCAAGUGAAGACAAUUCAAUCAUCACCCAUUUGUGCAAUUCCUCCAAAUCUAUGUCCAGCUUUAGAGAUUCACAAAGUUCUUCGAAUACAAAAGCAUGCAUUGUCACUGAAAAUAAUCAGACAACUAGGUUCUCUUCAUCUAUGAGAAUUAGUCAUACAAAAAGUUCUCCUAGUAGACAACAUUCAAAGAUGGAGAUCAAAAAAUUAAAAGGACAGAAGGCUUCUUCAAGCAAAUCCAGUGUGGGCUCUUCAACUAAGAAUGGAAAACAAUCAAAAGGCUGCAAAUCUUCUCCCAGUAAGUCAAGUGUAGGAUCCUCAUUGAACCCUAAAUGUGAUAUCAAGAGUGCAACCCAUCAAGAAACCAUGAACAAAGAUGAAACUCCAGAGAGUAGGAAUACUGGGAGGUUGACUCAUGCUGUUCAUUACAAGGUAAAAGAUUCAAGUGCCAAAACAUCUACUGUUCAAGCUCCAGGUCUAAUUUCUGGUUCUAGAUAUGGACGUAAAGCUAGUGCUGCAAUAUCCACUUACCAAAAGGUCUCAAAAUCAAAGAACGCACCUCCUAAAGCAUUGGGACACCUUAAGGUUAAUUCACAAGAUCCCUUGAAAGCUUACAGAAAAGCUAAGGAAAAAGUGGGUGGAGACAGGUCUUCUAGGCUAGCUAGGAGCAGCAAAGCGAAUGUUCCAGUAAUCCAUGUUUCAGGUCAGAAAGCUGAAGGCAAGGAGAAUUCUGUCUGUGGCAUAGUUCAGGAUCAAAAAGCAUCAAGUCAUGGUGUACAAAAGAAGAAUGAUUCAGGAUUGACCAAUCUAAAGUGUUGGACCAAAGGAGAGAACCAAAGGAAAAAUCAGGUUAAAGAAGUUCAGAAGAUUUAUUUCCGAUGAGAAGGCAACUUUUUUGGCAAGAUUUGUAUAUAUAGGCCUAAUUCUUCCUCCCAUGAGAUAAAAAAUGUAGAAUAUUACAUGGAAUAGAUAAAAUGGUGAACUCUUUAGCUAAUA